GAAUGGGCGAGGCCAACACUGCUGCAGCUUUCUGACUCCCUCCUUUUCAGGCCCUCAGCAUUCAGCAGAAACGGUUGCGACUUCCAUUGCUCUCCAUCGCAGUGCUCAUCCGCAAGAAUUCCGGGCCGCGUUGCGAUGGUAGGUGUCUGAGUUGCAACUGCUCGGGAUAGAGAGACGCCCCAGUGUCGCCUCGCAGCCUUGCUGGUUGCCGCAGCUUGGGACCCUUGUGGUCCGAGUGCAAGCCGCUCACGAUUUCGCUACCCUCUGCGCGCUCCUCGCCGCGUCCUCUCCUCAUUCCGUCGAUAGGAUGCAUUCUGCGGCUCUCCGCUAGAAUCAGCUCGGUUAUUUUUGCGCAUACCUGUUAGAAUGCACGCAACGACAUCGCAAAAAUCGUGACUGUCGCUUGCCCAAUUUUAUCGGAAUUCCUCGAUCCGGUACUCCGAAAGAGGCCACCAGCUCCCGCCAGCUUCCGCCAGUUUCCGCCUCCGGAACGCGGCGUUCCGGCGUUCUGUUAUCAUGGAAGCCAUAGUCUAGACCCCGCCUCCUCAGCUUCCCGCCGUCCAAUGCCUCUCUUGUGUCUCUCAUACCACAUACAGCUCUCCCUACGAGAUUCGUCCGAGCCCACCCUGAAGGAGCUGGUUUCGCGCCAGGCCGCGUCAACUUUGAAAGUCUUACUUGGGUAGUCUUCUAUCAAGCAACAACCUCUGUGAUCCGCCUUCCGCGUGGCGCGAUCGAGCACCAGAUUACAGCAUUAGGAGCGUCCAUCCACGGGAGCGAAGCGCUUUCGAAGCAGGAGCUUCUUAGCGGCACGGACUUUAAGCCCCCCGACCAUCGUAGAGAGCCAGGAGCGGGUGUAGCUCGCACGCACACGCAUCGCAAACAGAUUGCCGCAACUCUUUAGACUUUUGAGUCCGCUCAAAACACACUUACACUCACACACACUUACACACUCACACGUAACGAUCAGGCUUCUCUACUCUCGAGUGGGCACCAGAGUUGUGUGUUUCGAGCCAGUCAUAGAUACGGAAAGCAUCAGCCAGGGAUCGAGCCCGAGUCUUCUGUUUGCAGUGUUCGGGGGAUCUUGGAGUAUUCACGCUCCUGUUGACGAGCGACGGGUCUCUAUGGGUCCUGCAACUUCAAUCGGAGUGCCUGCAGUCCGCGCUAAAAGGCGACUCAAUAGUACGAGGCGCUCGAUUUCAAAAGCGGUGAUUGUUACCGUUCUGGUACUCGCUACGUUUCUCGGUCUGGCAGAGAGCGCAGGCAGCACCAUAAGUAGCACCAGCAACAGCAGCAGCAGCAGCAGCAGCAGCAGCAGUGGAGUUGGAGGUGGUGCGGGAGUGGUGUGGGAGUUGAAGUUAGGGCAAGCCGUAAACCCGGGUUACAGCAAGACCAGGACCACAGAGAACAGCGACUGGCUUGCCAACCUGCAAGGCGGGGUGUUCAUCAACUGCGGUGGGCCCAAUGUGACGACGCUGUGGUUCGCGGACAACACGACCGUCACCUGGGCGUCUGAUGCGACUCUCAUGCCUCUGGGCUCGCCCUUCUCCAUUGGCCCGCCGCCACCACGCAGCAACCGCAGCAGCAACAGCACAUCAGCAGCACCCGUUAACGGCAGUGCAGCAGCAGCAGCCAACGCCACAGCAGCGGCCAACGCCACAGCAGCAGCCAACAGCACAGCAGCAUCCAACGCCACUGCAGCAUCAACCGACACCAUUGCAGCGUCCUCCUCUGCCACUGCUACUGCAGCAGCAGCCAUCUCCUCCGCAGCAGAUAAUACCACAACCACCGGUGGCGGCACUCCAAACCUCGGCAACCCAAAUCAGAGCGUCAACAUCUUGAGGCAAACCAACUCCACCUCAUCCAACACAACCUCAUCCAACUCCACCUCAUCCAACGCAUUCCCAUUUCCUCUCCCCACACCCAAAGUCCCCCUCACGGAAACCCCCUCCGUUCCACCCACACCGGCGUCCCAAGAGGCCAAGACUCUCCUCACCUUCGCCGACCCCUCUCUCGCGCUCAUGGCGCCCAUGUUCGAAUCCGCCCGCACCUUCAACGCCAGGGACCGCCCCACCUUCUGGUACUCGGUCCCGGUGUCGCGCCCCGCGUACUACUUUGUGCGCCUGUACUUUGCUGAGGUUGUGCACCGCGUGCCGGGCGCAAGGAGGUUCAACGUGAGUGUGGAGGGGGUGGAGGUUCUGCCGGCGUAUGUCAUCGGCCAGCAGUUCCCCACUGUGAAUCGCACCCAGGCAUCCGCUGCUGGUGGUGCUGCUGGUGGGAAAGGCAGUGGGAAUUUGUCAAAAGCUGCUGGUGGCGUGGGGAAUGGCAAUCAGAGUAGUGGUGCUGGCAGUGGUGGUGGUGCUGGCAGUGGUGGUGCUAGCACUGCGAGCAGCGCUACCAUUCUUGUGUCCACGGUCACCAACAGUGAUCUGGUCAGCACAGGCAGCAGCACUGCUACCAACACCAACAGCAGCAACACUAGCACCAACAGCAGCAGCAACACAACCAGCAGCAGUAGCGAAAGGGAGGGCGACGUGUUGAGGGGCCAUGUGGUGGAGGUGUAUGUGCCGGUGACGGACGGCAGUGUGGACGUGUUCUUCACCUCGGGGGACAUCGGUGACCCCAUCAUCUCUGGCAUCUCCGUGCUUGAGUGCCCACCUGGAAUGUACAACCUUUCAGCACCGGACGACACCAUUGUGCUUGCGUCCCUCUACCGCGUCGGGGCGGGCCUGCACCCCAACGAGUUCUUCCUGGACGCCAUCGGCCGCUCCUGGCUGCCUGACACGCCGUACCUUGCCGCCCCUCCGCCGACCAACACUAUGGUUGUGGACAGUGCUAUGGAGCUCUACCGGUCGUUGCUCUCUGUGGAGGUGACUGAUAACCCCAACAUGCCUCCUGAUGCGAUCUUCACUGCGUGGCGGACCACGGUGAACGGGCACGAGACGGAGUGGUCCGGCAACUUCACAGUGCACAGUCUCAAGUACAUCUUUCCAGUGCCGCCCGCCACGCCCCUUGCCAUCGACCUCGGCUUCCAGGAUGGGCUCUUCGACUUUGAGGGAGGGCGACACCUGCAAGUGUUUCUGGACGGGCGACUGGUUGUGAAGUCGUUUGAUGCCUACGCUGCUGAUACCACUUAUGUGGUCAAACCGAUCUACGUCACCAGCAACACCUCUGGCUUCCUCACUCUGGAAAUCGGGCUUGCCAACUACACUGGCUUCUCAUGGGACGCGUUUGUGAAUGCGGUGGAGGUGUUUCACGUAUUGCCGUGGCAGGAGGGGCGGGAGGCGGCGUUCAAGGCCAAGCCGCAGGCACCAGAGCAGCAGGCGGCGGAGCCCACAGUGGUGGUGCAGUCGGUGUGGCGGGGUGUGCUGCUGGGCGUCGUGACAGCAGCUGCCGUGCUGGCUGUAGGACUUGCGGUGCUGCUAGGUGUGCGUUGGGUCAUUGCACGCAGAGCGGCAGCAGCAGCAGCAGCAGCCGAGGAGCAGGAGAAGCUCCUGGGCGCCCGACCCAACAGCCGCUUCCGCCGCCGAGCCAACGCCACAGGCUCGGAUUCAUACCUGGGCAGCAGCUUCAGCAACAGCAGGGGAGGCAGUGGGAGCGGCGGCGCGGGGAGCAUGGGGGUGUCAGCGUUUGGGGCGCACUGCUUCACCUGGGAGGAGAUGCGCGAGGCCACUAGCGACUUUGCGCCGGCGAAUGUCAUUGGGAAAGGAGGGUUCGGACAGGUGUUCCGCGGCCAGCUGGAGAGCGGGCACAUGGUGGCCAUCAAGCGCCUGGACGUGGGGUCGGACCAGGGCGAGAAGGAGUUUGUGACGGAGGUGGAGCUGCUGACGCGCCUGCACCACCGCCACCUCGUGUCGCUCAUCGGCUUCUGCGAGGAGGACGACCAGCGCCUCAUGCUCGUCUACGAAUACGUGCCCAAUGGCACGCUCAGAGGGGCGCUGCAUGAUUCAGACAAGGCACGGGCAAUGACCUGGAACCUUCGCCUCAAGGUGGCCCUGGGAGCAGCCAGGGGAAUCGAGUACCUGCACCGAGGCGCGCUGCCACCUGUCAUCCACCGCGACAUCAAGACGACCAACAUCCUGCUGGACUACCAGAUGAACGCCAAGGUGGCGGACUUUGGGUUGUCGCGCCUGGCGCAGCAGGCGGUGAGCGGCACGCACCUGGACCUCAUCAGCACCAACGUCAAGGGCACCAUGGGCUACCUGGACCCGAACUACUACACGAAGCAGCAGCUGACGGAGAAGAGCGACGUGUACAGCUUCGGGGUCAUCCUGCUGGAGCUCGUCACGGGCAAGGUGCCCAUCUGGAUGGAGCCCCGCCCGCCCAAACCCACCCAGGGGGUUGAUGGUGCUGCCGAUGCUCCUGCUGCUGCUGCUGCUGCUGCUGGUGCUGAUGGUGGCGAUGGUGCUGCUGGUGCUGAUGGUGCUGGGGCCUCUGACAGUGCUGCUGCUUCUGGUGGCGGUGGUGGUGGUGGGGGGGGGGGGUCGGACAGCAGGCAGCAGCAUGACAUGGACAGCGACGAUGAUGAGGAUGAUGAUGGGGACAGGCUCAUGAACCUCGUCGAAUGGGCAACCCCGCGCAUCGAGGCAGGGCGUGUGGACGUGGUGGCAGCGAGGGAGCUGCUGGCGUCUUCAGAGGCGGUGCUGCAGUCCAUGCAGGCCGUGGGCGAGCUGGCUCUGGCUUGCCUCGAGAUGCAGGCGCGCAACCGCCCCACCAUGUCUCAAGUCGUGCGCCAGCUGGAAGAAAUCCAGCUGGCACUCGCAGAAGAGGACGAGGACGCGCUACCCAUCUCCACCGCCCAUUCCACGGCAUCCGCCACGUCAGCAGCAGCAGCAGCCGCCAACCUGGGGACCUCCUCACUCAUCUCCGGGGUGCCCCCGCCCCUCCCGUUGCCCACGGUGGACGAGGACGCCUCGGCUGACUUCUCCCACCCCAGCCCCGCCAGCCACAGCCACAGCAACGUGGAUGUGUCGGCUUCCAACCGCGCCUCGCCGCGCAUCUCCCCCCGCAGUCCCAACACCGGAGAGGGUGGUGCUGGGGGCUUCACCUCCCCCCGUGGGUCUCACAAGGCAGAAGGGGUUGGUGCUGGUGCCUCGCCUCACUCCCCAGCCCCUCUGAACCGAACCUCCUCGUGCCCCUCCCCCUCGCACACUCAGUCCCACACCCACUCCCCCAAAAACGCCACCCUCUCUCCCUCCAAGGCUGCUGCCUGGACCAAUCAGUGCUGGCCACGUGGCACACCAGGGAACAGGCCGAGCAGCAGCAGCAGCAACAGCAGGAGGGCCAACAGCAGCGGCAGCAGCAGCACUGGCAGUGGCAGCGGCAGAGGGAGUGGCGUGGAGAAGAGUGGUAGGGAGUAUGAUGUGGAGGCGCAGGAGGAGCUGGUGCACAUCCAGAGCACGCCAGAGCCAGAUUCGGACCACGUGCCUCUCAAAUCCUCCUUCACACACCUCUCCUUCAGCGGGUCCUUGGUGUAACUUCCCCUGUAGCCUCUCCUUAUCGCUUCCCUUCCCUCGGCCCGUGCCUUAGCCUUUGGCCUUCACAGCAGUGACUUUAUGGGGCUGCCUGGUUGGUUGCCUGUCGUUGCGCCCCCCGACCCGACCCAAACAAUCAUCUCCUUGCCACUUGAUAAGGCUCUCUCCUGACCUGAUUCCUGUUUCUGUGGUGUCACCGUUGGACUCUAGGUAGUUUCGAUGCAUAAAAAAAUGCAGACAAUGAGGUCCAAGAAUGUUAAUGUAUUUAUUUUACGGUCCGUGGUUUCUUGCUUAUUGCUUGUUCGCUCCUGUAGUGAUUGAAGUUUCUUCCCUCCACUAGUAGCAGGGGUGCACAAGUAAAAAGUGGUCGAGAAACACCAGUUCUGGUCUGGAUGCCACCAUGAAUGAAUGAAUGCAUACAAGUGAG